AAAUAUGUUGCGCUACCUAACAGGUUGUAAAUCAGUUCUGUUUUCAUAUUACACCAAAACAGUUAGUGGUGUUUAAAGUCUCGAUAUUGUCCAUUUGACAGAGUUAUUAGGAAGGGCGUUUGAAGCAUGAGCGUUCCAGCAACUCAUGUUCUUAUGUCGAGGGCUUCCCAACAUUUAGGUGGGGAGCCCAGUGUUCAGAUGUUUGAAGAGCCUAAGCAAAGAGGCAUGCGUUUCAGGUAUAAAUGUGAAGGUCGAUCAGCAGGCAGCAUUCCUGGAGAGCGCAGCACAGACAACAACAGAUCAUUUCCAAGCAUACAGAUCAUGAAUUACUAUGGAAAAGGCAAGGUCAUAGUUUCACUAGUGACAAAAAGUGUUCCCUAUAGACCUCACCCGCAUGACUUGGUUGGGAAAGAUUGCAAAGAUGGGUACUAUGAAGCAGAAUUUGGCCCUGAACGAAGAGUGAUCUCCUUUCAGAAUCUUGGCAUUCAGUGUGUACGUAGGAGAGAAGUUAAAGAAUCUAUUGUGUUUCGGAUUGCAAAAUGCAUCAAUCCAUUUAAUGUUCCAAGGGAGCAGUUGUUGAAAACAGAAGAAUAUGAUCUGAAUGUGGUGAGACUGUGUUUCCAGGUCUACCUGCAAGAUGAAUGUGGACAUUAUACCAGGGCUUUACCACCCAUUGUAUCCAACCCCAUCUAUGACAACAGAGCCCCCAACACAGCAGAGCUGAGGAUUUGCCGUGUCAACAAGAACUAUGGGAAUGUGAAGGGAGGAGAUGAGAUUUUCCUGCUUUGUGAUAAAGUUCAGAAAGAUGAUAUCGAAGUCCGUUUCUUCACGCAAAGCUGGGAAGGCAAAGGGUUGUUUUCACAAGCAGAUGUUCACCGGCAGGUUGCGAUAGUGUUCAAAACUCCCCCGUUUCACACCAACAUCACCGCCCCAGUGAGCGUUCAGAUGCAGCUCCGCAGGCCCUCGGACCAGGAGGUCAGCGAGCCCAUGGACUUCAGAUAUCUCCCAGACAAUACAGACCCGCAUCACUUUCAAGAGAAGAAAAGGAAGAUCGAAGAGUUCCAAAAAAGAAUGCAGGCUUUACCUGGCAUACACCAAAUGGAAAGGCACAAAAUAGUACCAAAGAAUAUUAAAAAAGAGCCUUUUAAUAUGUUUCCCCAGAGACCAGUAGCAUCAAUGGCCAAUAGUACUUUGUCACAAUCUGUCAGUUUCGUUCAACAGUCUCAGAACAACAUGACUAAUUCAAUGUUCACACACAACGAUCUGCAACAAUGCAGUCUGAUGACCAACCCACCGCAGUCCACCUCUGUCAAUAGCAGCUGGUCUCCUGUCGUUACGUCAGGAAUCUCUUUGGACACCAUCAGGCUCAGCCAGCCCAGCAGCAGCAGCAUGCUAUCAUCAGUUCAGACCAGCAAGACCUUACCUCCUUUAGCAGACAACCCUGGGCUCCCUCUACUGACAGAUCAUUACCUGAGAUUUUUAGAUUUGCAAAGUAAUCCAUCACAGCCUUCCGUAAACCAGAAGGACACAAACACUAACAGUACCGGAGCCUUGUCUGUCCAACAGCAGAGUACUUUUAAUGUCCCUGAUCCUGACAUCUUUGGAGGGAGAAAUAGUGUUAUGAAUCUAAUGGUUUCAAGCACAGAAAAUAAUAUGGAAACUGACGAUAUUCUUUUAAGCGGCAUUCCAGGCUCCAUGUUUCAGUGGAAGCAAGAACAGCAAGGUGCACAGGCAGCGGGUACCAACCCUCUGGGGAUGAAUUACAAUAGUACUGCUCCAGGGCUGCCAAACAAUGGAGGAGGAGUUUUUCAAGGCUGUAUACAGCCGUGCAAUGAUGUAAGCAACAGUUUAAACUGUGGAGCACACAAUGAACAGUUUGGGGGAGGGGCUAAUCAAGGUGAAGACCGUUUUGAUGCACUUUUGCAAGAAUGGUUUUUUCAGUAAUGAUGAAAGUGAAAGUAAACUAAAUGUGCUGAAACUGAAAAAACACAGUUUAUUUCAUGAUUUUAAAAGGAAUUAUUUGGGUCCCCAAGUGGAUCACUUGGUAAAAGCAAGGUUGCGUGAUGUGCAGGGUGUCUUAGUCAAGGGAGCGCGGAUUUACGUCCUGGCUGUGUAAAGCUGCCGGUCUUCACUGGAGAGUCCAGUGGGAGUGUCGUUUUAGCCACUGACCUUCAGUUCUCCUGAGCUAUUGUGAGAGAAGGUAAUUGGGCAUUCUAAAUUGGGGAGAAUAUCAGUGGGAAAAUAAUUAGGCAAAAAAAUAACAUAUCCUUUUAACUAGAUGCAAUUGCAACAAAUGCAUUAUUUGCUACGAGAUUAAGUGCAAGAAUAAGAGUAAAUAUAUUUUCAUCUUGUAAAUAUUUAAGUCUUGCAUUAUUGUAAAAUAAGUUGUUUUCUAGGUUUUCAGUCAAGCUUACUAGCACAAAACGUUUUGUGAUGUUAUUAAAGUUCUCUUUAGUUGUACCAUAUAUAUAUAUUGAUGGUACUUUUUUUUUUUUAAAUCAUAUACCAAUGACUAAUUGUUCAAUUUUGUUUUCAUGACAAAAUGCUAUUAUAGGGAUUUUAUCCCUAAAAGUAAAAAAUACAAAUAAAAGGUAUGUUCUUGUCCUUGUUUGUAAUGACUGUGUCAUAUUUAAACAAUACAGUCAGCACUUGGAUAUCCGACACUCAGAUACACGUCAGUCACGUUUUACCGUCCUUGUAGUAAGAAUAAAAUAAAUCCCCAUUUUUUAUAUAUAUAUAGUAUGUAUGUAAAUAAUUCAUGCACUUACCCAUCACACUUGAUUUCUGACUCCGUCGCCAGUUUUCUGAUACAAAGCCCAUCUCUUCAAUGUCACAAUUGACUUGUUUAACCGUCACAGCCCGUUUUUUUUUUUUUUCUGGCAUGGCAAAUCAGUCUGUCAUUAUUGUGCACUGCAGUUACACAGCACUCCCUCCAAAAACAAAGCGAACAAGACAAGGCACGGUAAUGUAAAAGUUAAUCAUUCAGCAGUUUUAGAUACUGUGAUGCAAGUUUACUGUGACAUUAGGGCCUUAUCAAGCACUAUAACCUGCAGCUGUUUUAAUUCUGGAAACUGGUGUUGUUAUUUUUAAAUUUUUUGCUAAAUUGCAUUGCCUUUUUAAGUUUUAAGCAGUUCUGUGCAUGGAUAACAUUUUGAUAUAAUUUUGCUGUUGUGUCGUUAAUGGGGAAUUUUACAUACUGCUACAAUACGUACUGGAUUUAAAAGUAUGUACUGUAUUACAGUUCACGUGUCCAGUCGUCUAUUUUGGCAAGUGAUAUUUUCAGAAUCAUAUCGUUCUGAAUUAUAAUACUACUUCUGUUGAAAAUAUAGUACUGUACCAAAAAACAACUACAAUACAUCUUAAUGGAAGCCUACUUAUUUUAAAACAGCCAUUUCAGUUAUGUAUUUUUGACAUUGUAUCUUUUUUGUGUUCCCUGAAAAAACUGACAAGUUUUUGUCAUUUACUGCUGUGUUAUUCCCCCAACUCAUGCGCAAACAAAUGAGUUGCCAAGUCAUAUUUUUUCUUUCCGUACAAAACGUGUGUGUGUGUGUGCAGGGCAGAGGGUUGUUUGGGUGGUACGGGGCAGCUUACAAUGUGCUAGCCUACAUACACGUCAAAUCUGAUGAAAUAAUCAGAUGUGCGUCACACUCGUUUAACCAUCACUGAAGUCAAAAAAUUUUAGGGUCGGAUAUGUGAGUGCUGACUGUAUACUUUCUUAAAGUUCUCAAAGAUCUUCAUAUUGUAUUUCUAAUUUUAUUAUCAAAAUCUAUAUAUAUCUCCUGCUGUGCAAAAGUCUUAGACAUGUUGCAUUUUUCUACUCUGAUGCAUUAUGACCAUCAUCAAUUUACUCAAAGCCUCCACUAGUGUUUUCUACUAUUAUAACAACCUUGACUUGCAUAAAGAAGGAAAAACAUUGAAUGAAAUAGCUUGCAUCACUUGAUUUUCAAGGUGUGGUAUCAAAAGCAUAAUCAACAAGUACAGAGAAACAUCAUCUGUAAUUGACAAACCCAGGACUGGAAGACCCAAAAACCUGUCUAACAAGGAUGAGCAAUACUUGAAGAUAAUAUCCUUAAUGAAUAGAAAGAAGACAAGUGUUGAAUUGACAACAUAAUUGGCAGAAGGCACAGGUGUCGUUGUCCAUCCAUCAACAGUCUAAGCACCUUGACCAUUGUUCCAUAGUCCAAUUUCUGUGUUCUUGUGCAUAUUUUAGCCUUUUAGUCUUGUUCCCCUUUCUUAACAGGUAUUCUUACUGCAACACAUCCUUUAUGUCCUGAUUUCAAGAGUGACCUUCAUACUGUUGAUUUGAUGGACAAUGACACCUGUGCCUUCUGCCAGUUGUUUUCAAUGUUUUUCCUUCUUUAUGUAAGUCAAGGUUGUUAUAAUAGUAGAAAACACUAGUGGAGGCUUUGAGAAAAUUGUUGAUGCUCAUAAUGCAUCAGAGGAGAAAAAUGCAACACGUUUAAGGCCUUUGCACAACAGUGUAUAUACUGUUUGUAUUACUUUGUAAAAUUAUAUAAUAAAUAUUUUUCAUAAAAAAAUCUGAACCGUUUAAAGCAUAAUAUAUAGAUGUUUGUUACUGUAUUAGUUUUCUCUUUCCAUACUGAAGUAUUUUAUCAUGUACUGACCUCAACAUGGCAUGCACUGUUUUGUAUAUUUGGUAUUAAAGUUGUUUUGUAAUCAA